AUGGAGAUGGCCCCUCUGGAGCCAGAGCCUGGUCCUGAAGAGACAGAGACAUGGCUCGGGAGCCCAAGCCUGGUCCUGCCCGGCCGGGCCAGAAGAGGCCCUGGGGCACAGCCAUCUCCUGGUGAGUCUGUCGGGGUUGCCUGCCGGGGAGGGAGUCUGAUCACCAGCUUGACUGGGGCGCUGAGCCCCCCAGGACGGACCGCGGACCGCUGGAGGCCUAACGAGGGUGUGUGCGAACCCAGUGGUUGCUUCGCCCCUCCGCUGGGUGUUUGUGGGGGCCGCGCUCGGCUGCUGGCCCAGCUGUGGAAGUGGGAUGCAGGGCUGGGCGGGGGCUGCCCUGAGGAGCCUCUGCACCUCCAGGUUGACCUCGAGAGAGAUUCGGCCAAAUCUCGCGCUGCCUGCGGCAGCCCGAGGGGAGCUGUUUCUUGCAUCACGAUCCGGGUCCCAGACGCCGACCCCGAAGCCCGGAAGGUCCGGGGGCCUCUGCAGGGCUUGAGGGCUGGGCUUGGGUGUGUGUUUGGGGUGGGGAGUCCUUCCUGCCUAGGCUGGACCCAGUCUGCCCUUGCACCCAUCUCCAUUACCCCUUGGGCACCAGUUCUCUUGGAGGUGCACGGUGCUGAGAGCUGGGCUGGAAUCUGGGCGAGGAUUCCGGUCCUAGACAGUGACCCUUCCCCAAUUUUUCUCUACUGCAACAGCUACUACGACCUGGAUUACGAGCUGUACAGGGAAGAAUUCCCCUACAGGGUGUGUGACUACCAAAGGAUCCCUCCACUAAUCAACCGUGCACCUACCAAGAUCCGGGGGACCCACGUGGGCCCGGGGGUCAAGCACAGCUUUAGUCCCCACAAGGCUCCCAGGACUAGUCAACUGCCUGCAGGGCAGAUAAAGCUCCAGACUGAGGAGCUGCACUCCAUCAGAGGAGAGCUGAGCCAGAUCAAAGCCCAGGUGGAUCACCUGCUGGAGACUGUGGACCACAUGGACCAGCAGAUGGACCAGCUUCCAGGGACGGAGGACUGCGAACAGAACCGGAGCUCCGGGAGUAAGGGUCCCUCAUACAGAAACGUAGAACCUCAUCAGGAGCCUACAGGCCAGAGGACCCAUCCAGAGGCAGACAGCUCCCCGAUCACAGACCCAGAAGACCCCAAGGAGGCAGUAAAGAAUCACACAUCAGACCAGGAGGGCAGCCAGUAGAAGGCUGGAACUCCCCCAGUCUCAUCAGCUCCAGGCACUUUCUUCAGCGGUUCCUAUCCCCUGCCUUGAGUAGCACCCAUGCAACCCACGCUGGAGCAAGCGCAAACAAGUGGAGGCAUGGCUCAGCCAGUCCAGCUGGGAAGCCUCCCCCGAGUGCUGACUUUAGCUUGAGGAUCAUGUUUCCAGAUGACCAUCUGGGGGCUAGCGGGGAAGGAAGGAGCCCUCCAAGUGCCCGGCACCAGCUCACCAUUCUCAUAAAGUUGAGGCCACUCCUGUUAAGAGGCAGCUGGACAGGGCCCCCUGGGAGCACCACCAGCUCUCUGACUGUAGGUACCUCUCUAGCUGCUUCUCCCCGCCCCUCGCCAAAGCCUUACCUGUCCUCUCUGGGUCUCAGCAGGAGUAUCACUUUUAUGUUGUUUCUACCUUGUCUCUUGCUGGUGUGAUCUUACAUAUUUCAGAUCUGCUUUGGAAAAAUAUAUUAUGUCACUGGGGAGAAAUAAAAUUUUAUUUCUUUUCCCUGG